AUUUUAUACGGCACGAACGCAUCUAGCUGAGCUUGUCUCUCCAUUGUCAGCAAUUAAAGAGAGAAGACGUGUGUAAGUGUUUGUUGUAUAAUAAUGGCUGAUAACCAGGAAUAUGAAAUGGGAAAUGGUGACUUUCAACAGGAUGGUGGUGAACAACAGUAUGAACAACAGGACGAUCAAAUGAAUGGUGAAGGAGGGACUGAAGAGUGUGGUGGUGAUGCUCCUGCCGAUAGCGGUAGUGCAGAAGCACCUGGUCGCGAUGAUGACAGGAAAUUAUUUGUUGGUGGCCUAAGUUGGGAAACAACAGAUAAGGAACUCAGAGAGCAUUUCCACACAUAUGGCGAGAUUGAAAGUAUAAACGUGAAGACUGAUCCUAAUACAGGCAGAUCCAGGGGAUUUGCGUUCAUUGUUUUCUCACAUGCAGAUUCAAUCGAUAAGGUUUUAUCUGCUGGAGAUCACAUUAUUAACAACAAAAAGGUGGAUCCAAAGAAAGCAAAGGCACGUCAUGGCAAGAUAUUCGUUGGUGGUUUGGUACCUGAACUCUCUGAUGAUGAUAUCAAGAACUUCUUUGCGCAAUAUGGAACGAUAGUAGAAGUUGAAAUGCCAUUUGACAAGACAAAGAACCAGAGGAAGGGUUUCUGCUUCAUCACAUUUGAAUCUGAACAAGUUGUCCAGGAGUUGCUCAAAUCACCAAAGCAGUCUAUUAAUGGCAAGGAGGUCGAUGUUAAGAAAGCUACUCCAAAACCUGAUGGAAUAGGUGGAAUGAGAGGAGGUCGGGGUGGAAGAGGUGGUCGUGGCAGAGGGAGAGGAGGUAGGGACACACGGGUGAAAGGUUACGGAGGCCAAGGGUGGGGUAACCAGGGCGGAUAUGGUGGUUACGGCUAUGACCAGGGAGGCUAUGGAGGUUAUGGAGGAUAUGAUUAUUAUGGCAGUGGGUAUGGAAAUUACGGAGGCUAUGGUGGUUAUGAUUACACUGGAUAUGGUGGAUAUGGAAAUUAUGACUACGGAGGCUACGGCAAUAAUUAUGAAGGCGGAUACAGUGGUGGAAGAGGUGGUGGCCGUGGGAAAGGCAGUACAGGUGGUGGUUACAGUGGUAAGCAGAGGGGUGGGAGCCGCCAAACACAGAGACAUCAGCCGUAUUAACUCAGUUCUGUGUCUUUGUCACUCUUGUGUUUUGUCUUGCAGCAGAUUAGUGCACAUGGUGUCCUUCUAUUCACCAACCAUGUCAUCGUGUUUCAUCAUUCCAUUAUUCAGACAGAAGUUAUCACCAAGUCCUGCAGUUGGAAAAUAAACUUUCAGUAGUGUUAUGUGGUUGUAUUAAUGAAAGGUGGAGUCAGUGUGAAGUUGAAUAAAGUACCGGUUUUUUUUUUUAUUAUGAAAAUGUGUUUAGGUUACUUCAGUAUGUAAGACAGUGGAAGAAGGCUUUGAGGUACCAUGGGAUUCUAGUGACAGUUGCUCGUCUUUGGCACUCCUGAUGCAGUGAAGUAACUUUUGUCAAGAUCAGCAGCUUUCGUGUUGGAUGUAACAUCUGUUACAUUUGCACUUGUAUUUCCAUGAUUCAUGACCAUACGAAAAAUAAACAUCGCAAUUUUAACAACUGA